CCGAAAACAAAUCACAACCAACUUAACUUUGCUCCUCCAUCAUUUUUUUUCUUUAUCAUUCAUUUUCUGACAUUUCUAAUGAAAAAUCACUUCACAACUCGAAGUACGUUUUAUCAAUAGCAAGUGAACAGUAUUCAAUAUGUCCGACGCUCCAGCAACUACAGGCUCAAUCCCAAAGCCCGUUCUUCGUGGAUUGCAUAAUGCUACAAUCAAGAGGAAUUUGGGUGCUGCCAUUGGUUUGGUCUUCACCGUCUCAAUGAUCUUCAAAUUGACCGUCAAGGAUCCAAGGAAGGAAGCUUAUGCUGAAUUCUACAAAACCUACGAUGCCCAAAAGGCAUUCGAAAGGAUGAAGGCUGCUGGUGUAUUCCAAUCUUGUUAAAAAAAACGUCGUCUAUUAAGGUUUAAUGUGAAUACCAAAAAAAAAAUAGCAAUAAAUGCUAU